AUGGCCUCCUCCGGCGUGGGCUCUGCGCGAGCGGCCGAGGACGCGCUGCCGCCGGCCGCCGAGCCGCCGCUGCCCGAGCCCAAGCCGCUGCCGCCUGCCCAGCCGCCGCCGCCUGUGGCCGCGCCCCAGCCGCCGCCGGCGCCCCAGCCGCGCCCGCAGUCCCCCGGCGGCAUGAAGGAGGAGGAGAAUUACUCCUUUUUGCCUUUGGUGCACAACAUCAUCAAAUGCAUGGACAAGGACAGCCCGGAUGUGCACCAGGACCUGAACGCCCUCAAAGCCAAGUUCCAGGAGAUGCGCAAGCUCAUCAGCGCCAUGCCAGGCACCCACCUGAGCCCUGAGCAGCAGCAGCAGCAGCUGCACAGCCUGCGGGAGCAAGUGAGGACCAAGAACGAGCUGCUGCACAAGUACAAGAGCCUCUGCAUGUUCGAGAUCCCCAAGGAGUAGCCGGGGACGCGCCACCUGCUGAGUCGGCCCCCCUCGCCCGGGUGCGCCCUGCUGAGUUGGGGCUCCUCUCUGCGGCCCCCCUCGCCCGCACCUGGUACACGUUGUUCUGGUUUCCAGCACUCUGCCAAGCAUUUGCAUAGCAUCCCCCGACACGUCGGGCCUGUACUCACAUGGCUUGGUUUAAUGUAAUUAAAAGAGGCUGUGGGAGAAUGAGAGGCCAGAGGGAGGCGUUCCCGUUUGCUCCCUUUCUGGUGUGAGCUGAGGAAGGGAACGGAACGGAAUAGAUCUGUGGGGGUGGCCGCCUGGAGCCCCGCAGGCCAACUGAGCCUGGGCCUCACCUGCCGCUGGCCUCUCGCUGCUCCUGUCCAUGCGGGACAAAGGGCCACAUCACUCCAAACCCACACAAGCUUCCGGGGCUGGAGAGGGCCGCAGGCCUCCCUCUUGUGGCUCUCGGGCCCACCCCAGGCCUCAGCACUGCCGGCCAUGAGCACUCAUCCAGCUGCACCCCUGGCACCCCGUCCUGUGGAGGAAGGGCAGGGUGCUGGGUCCCCAGCACUGCCAUCAGUACUGCUGGCCUUGACUUGCAGGGACCUGGCCAGCUCCAGGGCUUGGCAGGUGCCUACCAGCUGAUCUAGUUGGCAGACCUGCUAAGGAAGGCAUUUGUGACCCAGAGCGGCCAUGCCCACCUCCUGCUGUCAGAAGAUGCCUGGCCUGGGCUGUACGGGGUGCCUGGGGGGCACCGUGAGCUUUGGGGGCUGUGGACAAGAGAGCCGGCUCUGGGUCUGAGUUGGACCCUCUGUGCCUUGGGAGCUGUAAUCAAUUAUUACAGUUAUUUUCUUGAAACUUGCUGGUAGGUAGACUGGUUUUAAGGCUCUGAUCAGAGCCCGUGAAGCAUCGCGCCUUCCUGCCCACGCAGGAGGAGGGGUGGGGGGGUGCACUGGGAGCCUGCUCGGAGUUCUAAGCAGCAGGAUCUUAUUUUUUUCAAAGCGAAUUAAAAAGAACUUUCUCCA